UUUUCUUAUCUCACUCUCCUCAACAAUAUUAGAGACCUAGAUAUAUGCCUGCUUAUUUACUCCAUCUGAAGACUUCUCAGUGCCCUCUGCACUCUGAGGAGAGCUCUCAUUACAAAAUGACCACCCUGCUACCCUUUGUUCUCUUUCCAGUGCUGCUCUGGGGUGGAGCUCUACAAAUCAACGGAACCAAGGAAGAUGAUGAGUCCUUCCAGGAGCAAGAGAAAUUCCUCGGUUCUCACUGCAAUGAGAACCUUUUGGAACUGUACAGCACUGAUUGCCGGCUCCUGUUCCAAGAGGACAUGCUUGACACUAAUAAGGAGCUCUGGUGUGACUGGCAGUCAGUCAUAAGGCCAUACGACAAGCUGACUGUGUGUUUGGAGUACAUCACGGGCAAACUAGACUGCUUCUACCCAAAUCACAUUGUGGAAAAGGUCUUCCUACAGGCCCAUUCCUUCUACUUCCAGUACUGCCGUGACCAGGAAGAUGGCUUCAACGAUCCCCCUCAUUAUGUGUCAGUUUCCCUCACCCUAGUGCCGGUUUGCCUCAUUCCUAUCCUUGUUUCCCUGGUGGUUUGGAAGAGCAAGGUAAAGGAAUGAGGGAGAUCAUCUGGUGGGACAGCACGGUUGGAUACUAGAUGGAACACUUUCCUGAAGAUCUUCCGGUGUAGAGCUGUGAAUUUGGGAUCAUAAAUGCAAAGCUGUGACUGCUUUAAGCUAUUGAUCUUAUGUUUUUUUUUUUUUGAAAGUCUGUGCGUGUGUGUGUAUCUGUGUCUGUGCACGUGUUUAGAUGUGCUUGAAUCAGCUUCUCCAGGAAUAAUUGAAUUGUCUUAAACACAGUUCCAAAGCUAUGUCUAUAAAGGUUACUAAGGAAUGGAAUCUAAAUGCAUUUAAUCGACGUAGCACUAAAACCUACUUUACAUUUCAAAACAAAAAAAUUGAAAUGCAUAAUUAAAUGCAUUUUUAAUACACAGUAUGGAGAAGCAAAGAGAGGCUGCUUCUGAUUCCACUGCGCAUCACUGAGCCUUUUGUCUGCUGGACUACUUUUUAACAAAAAUCACUGCAACACAGUACUGAUGAUGCUGAGUCAGGCCACUGCUUCUUCUGCAUGUUACUGUAAUUGUAAAAAUGAGGACAAUUUUAUUUCAUGUGCUUUCAUGCAAAUAAAAACAAGUUAAGGUUUA